GUCGUGUCGGUGUGUGGUGCGUGUGUUUAUGUCCAAAUCCUAUCCAAUUUUCGUGUUGUUCAGUGUAACCCUGCAUCGUAUCUAUUGGAAAUUAAGGACGAACAAAUUGCUGACCAGAAUCCUGUUCACUUCGACAUGGAGCUGGAGGUGCUGGAGCCCUACGAUUACCUCGACGAGGAGGCCUUCUACGAGCCGAAUUUGCCGACGAAAGCGGCCUCGACGUCGCCGAUCAAGCGUCGCGUCACUUUCAACAACAAGAGAUAUUACGCUAAGUGCGAAGAACCAGAGCAGGUCGCAAUGGCUGUUCUCAAACAAGAGAUUUGCGACGAUAACGAAGAAGCAUUGGUGCCUACGCCUAGGUCCUUGGGGUCCGUCCAGAAGGUGCCAUCAAUAAGCGAUUUGUCCGAUCCCGAAGCGUCAUUAGAUAUCCCGACGCAGGUACCGCCACUGACGCCGGGAACGAACAAGACCAUGGCAGAGGCGCUCAAAGCGUCUUUCGCGUCUUGGGAAAAGGAACAAAUCCGACUUAACAUUACCAAAGAUCCUCGUAACUGGACGGAAAGCCAUGUGUCCCACUGGCUGCAGUGGGCGACGAAAGAGUUUUCUCUCGAGGGAAUCGCCCUCCACCAAUUCCACAUGAAAGGCAAAGAUAUUUGUGCAAUGGGAAAGGAUGCUUUCCAGGCCCGGGCUCCAGCUUUCGUCGGUGAUAUUUUAUGGGAACAUCUGGAAUUACUGCAGAAAGAUGUUGAACGGGAGCGGACUAUAGCCUCGGCGAAUCAUACGCACAUAUAUGACUCCAUGUGUGUCCCAGAUUUGGGAACGUUCCUCGAGUAUAACCCGUCCGGUGUUAUGCUCGGCAUCGACAGGAAGCCAAUAGUCAACCCCGCGCAACCCAACACUCCCACCCCCGGCACACCUGCCCCGAACAACAAUAAUUUCAUGGAGGGAGGUUAUGGACUUCGCAGUCCAGCGUGUCCACCGUCAGAUGAAAUUCGUGAUGAUGGUUCGCCACCACCAGGACCUCCCUCGGGAUUCCUACACCUGCAAAGAAGUCCCGCCUUUCAUCACCUUAAAGACGGAUAUAAAAAUACAUGUCCGCCUGGAGGAGAUUCGAGUAGUUACGGAGGAAUGGACAGUCUGCAAUCGUUAAACGAAGAACAGAACCAUUUCUUAGCGAGCACAACACCACACCAUUACCACGAAGAACACGAGUACCAAUCUCUGGAGCCGGGACACCAGCCUCAGUCGUACUUGGAAAGUUCACCCGAAUUUUACGCGGCCAACAAUCUCCUUGAGACCAAAUACAAUCCGCACGCGUACGUCAAAAAUUACGUUCGAGGUGGUGGAAGGUAUAACGAUGGAUAUGGAGGCGACACUUAUGGUUCACCCUACGAUGGUACGCCUUUCCAGACGGUGCCCAGCGGUCCCAACGAGCAGUGGCCCCACAACCAUGAUAUGGGUCUUGGUCAUCCAGCGCACACGCAUCCAGCGUUCCUCUCCGCCGGCAUCCCAGGUCGCGAUAACAUGAACGCUCUGGGACCGGACACAAAACCUAUGAUCCAGAACGGCCUUAUGGGCGGCUACUCUAGCAACACUUCAACAGGAACUCCCUGCUUUACAGGCUCCGGUCCGAUCCAGCUGUGGCAGUUCCUGCUCGAACUCCUCACCGACAAAACCUGUCAGGCCUUCAUUUCCUGGACCGGCGACGGCUGGGAAUUCAAGCUGACCGACCCCGACGAGGUGGCGCGUCGCUGGGGAAUUCGCAAGAACAAACCCAAAAUGAAUUACGAGAAGUUAUCGCGCGGAUUGCGGUACUAUUACGACAAAAACAUUAUCCACAAGACUGCCGGAAAACGAUACGUCUAUCGUUUUGUUUGCGACCUGCAGACCCUUCUAGGAUAUACACCCGAAGAAUUGCACGCAAUGGUAGAUCUCAAACCGGAAAAGAAAGAAGACGACUGAUAAGGAGAUUGGUAUUGAAAUAACUCUCCUCAUCGUAAACAUAGAACAACUCUUUUUAUAUAUAUAUAUACAUACACCCACAAAAAAAAACAACAAAAUUCUGGUGUUCAUCUUGAAAUUAAUAAUAUACAAAAAUCUUGAAUGUAUAAAUGAUGAUGCAGGCAUUCGUUUUUCAUUCACACAAUCUGUUUUUCUUUUUAUUUCAAACUCGUGUCU